AUGGAUAAGACGGUGUCACAUGUAUCAGAUCCUGGAGACUGUAUUUCUCUGCCUUCAUCACCAUCAUCAGAAUUGUCAUUAUCACGACUCCAUGGUGCCCGAGUUCGAAACCGAUUGGACAAUACUAGUUUAUCCAGUUCAAUGCAAAACUUGAGUGAUACACUUGUGAGAAGUCAAAGUGAGGGCGAAUAUAUCCAAACAAAUCGCCUUCAACAUGUUGUGAAUACAAGAAUCAGUCGAAAUAAUAAUUCUUCUUCGAAUGACUCCUUUAAAUAUUCUAACGCCAAUGACAAAAAAUCCAUGAAAACAGUGGGAAGUUCCUUAAAGUCAAGUGGAAAGUGGACUAGUUGUUCCUCUGUUACAACAACAACAAAUUUGAAACAAUUAAAAUUAACUGACAUGUUCCCGGUGAAUAAAACGGUUAAAUCUGCAACUUCAUGUAACAACAGUCUAUCGACCUCGAAUUAUGUACUACAAAGUGUAAAUAGAAUAUUCUGUACAUACAAAUGA